AGAAUGUUUAGCGGUGUUGUUAAGCGUCGUGUGGUGGUGAAACUGGUCGUUAGCUAGCUCAUGCUAAAGCUAAAGACCGUUUGAGCAGCGAGCUGCCUGCUGGCACAAACCCGGAGCUAAACGCACUGCAGUAAUGUGACACUCUGCAGAGGCAGUACACAGACACACACGCCCUGCACUUUGUUACUUAUGUACCAUUAAACUUUGUCAUUAAUAUAUUAAAACAUGGUGAGAUACCAGUCGGCUGUUUCCAGGUAACGUCCCUGAGAAACGUCAGUGAUCCAAACAUAACGUACUGAGUCAAGAUGGAGCCAAAACUGGAUCCCUCUGUUGGCUCCUGUAGUGUUAAAGUCUUUACUUCUGACUGUGUUGGAGGAUGGACCCUGUAGUGCUGAGCUACCACGACAGCCUCUUACGGCGCUCUGAUGUGUCUUUACUAGAGGGACCUUACUGGCUCAAUGACCAGGUCAUUGGUUUUGCCUUUGAGUACUUUGCUGCUGAGCGCUUCCGAGUCCUGGGGGAAACCAUCAUCUUCAUCAGCCCGGAGGUCACCCAGUUCAUCAAGUGUGCCUCCUGCCCCGAUGAGUUAGCUAUAUUUCUGGAGCCGCUGGACCUCGCCUCUCGUCACUGGGUCUUCUUAGCUGUUAAUGACAACUCAAACCAAACCGCUGGGGGAUCCCACUGGAGCCUCUUGGUCUACCACCACAACUCCAACCACUUUGCCCACUAUGACUCACAAAAUGGCAGCAACUCGCUGCAUGCACGGCGCAUUGCCAGCAAGCUGGAGCCUUUCUUGGGUGCAGGGAGGAAAGCGAUGUUUGUGGAGGAGCCGUGCCCCUCGCAGCAGAACAGCUAUGACUGCGGCAUGUAUGUUAUCUGUAUCGCUGAGGCCUUAUGUGAGAAGGCCAGGGUGGAGGGCUUGCCACGCCUUCCUGUUCAAAUCAUCACCCCGGCCUACAUCACCCAGAAAAGGGCUGAGUGGUGCAGACUGAUCCAGAGUCUAGCACAGAGUGACCUCUGCUGCGCUCUGUCUUUUCCUUAGCACGUCGAUUGCCCUCUCACUAUAUGCAGAACAGCUGUCAGCCUCUACAUAUCUACUGCUGGAGCAUCUGAAUGCACUCCUUGAAUACCGUAUAUAACUAUAUAUGAAGUAUAUUUCUAUUACAGUCUCUUAUCUUACUCCAUUAUAGAAACACGUUUGAAAGGAUAAAGCAAUGUCCUGAAUCUUCAAUGAUUCACUGAACUGUUGGUGUCAUGUUUAUUCCUUGUAUAUGUACAACAAGAGACAAUAUGUAAACAAGAACACCAGCAUGCCUGUAAAAGGAAUUUACUCCUUUGUACAUAUUUAGAGAUGAUGGAGAAUGUGUCAUGUGGAGGAGGAGGCACAGACUUUUCAUUUCUCUGUUUUAUUUUGGAGCGAAUGUAGAAAUGUUUACACAGAUUAUUGCUCAGGGUCAUUUUAAAUGAACUAGAAUUGACAAUAAGAAUGUGGAUCUUACUUUUGGCUCCGACUUCAUGUCACAUCUGUUCUAGUCAGUCUGUCACUUCAGUUGGAAACAGAUGUCUCCGACUGCUUACUUUUAGUUUUGAGACAUUUUAAUGCACUGUGUGCUGUGAGUGUUUAUGGGACAAAGGGCAAUGUGGAGUGGUGGAAUGUAAGUUAUGUUCUGACAAAAGGCAAGUGUCAAACUCACCGUCUGUUUAAUGAAUAAAUUCUACAGUUGUCAUAUUUCAAUGACAAAAUGGUACAUUUAAUUUGUUGGUUUUAUUUGAGGUCCCAGCUUUUUGUGUUCACACUUUAAUAAAAAAUAUUUAUUAUUAA